AUGAAGAGCACGAGCAACACCGUGCUCACAGAUGAAGAGAUCAUCACUGUGUACUCGCUGAGAUCAAAGGCGACGUCCUCCGGCAGUCUGACUCACCAGGCUGCUGCUGGUCGUAGCGCGGUCGUUGCAGAGAUGUUCAAAGUAUCUCCGAACCUGGUUCGAGACCUCUGGGCGCGGAAGGUGUACAGAGAGGUCACCCUCCCUUACUGGACGGAAAGGGAGAAAGUGCUGAGCGCAUGCGAGGAGCUGAGGUCUGGGCAGACGACGAGCCUGCUGGCCCUGCCUCCCAAUCUGACGAAAGGGAAAGCGAAGAAUGCUGACAAGCGAACGGCAACGGUGAAUACGAGCAUCGUCAUUGAAAAACAAAAUAGCUUCAAGGAUUCAUCUCCUAUCGAAAGGAAGGAAGCGGUCAGUCUCAACGAUCAGGAAACGAACAAGAGGAGACUGGUAGCGGACAACGCACAUGUCCCUGUGAAUCUGAUUGGAAAUGGAGCAAGUCAAGUUCCUUUUGAAGCAAGACCAAGGGGUUUGCGCGCCUCUCCGCAGGUAGAGUUUUUUCCAGCCCCCAGUCCGUUGGCAUCAGACUCCUUCCUCCCCGUCAAGAGGGGGCACGACGAUACUCAUCGCGCGAAAUUCCAGCCAAGGAGCUGCCCCGACGCGUCCUCCUACCUCCCUUCUGUUGAGAUCAACGACUCACCGGAAGAGGAGGGUGUCCAGCACAACUCGUACUUUGAGGACCUCAUUUUCUCCUCCAAGCCGCAGGAGGGAUGCAGCAACUUGUCUAGUGCGUACGAGGAGUUAUGCAGCGUGGAGAUCAGCGCGGAGGAGAUGGCAGGCAGCAGCAACGACGGGCGGGCAAACGUCGAACCUAACAACUCUCGCUUCGAUGGGUUCUGGAGUGGCGGUGCCAACGAAGCCCACCACCAUCAAACCCACGAGGGCACGAUUAAGGAUGCGGCAGCAACGAGGCCGGCACAAUCUGGCGGGAGCUACUACAACAAGGUCCCAUAUGCGCAUCAGGAUGGUUUCUUCGACUUUGACAGCAGCGUCGCUCGCUACGAUCAUGCAGAAUGUUGUUCUCCCGCCCUCAGCGACAGGCAGCAGUUCGACAUGUCAGAGUCAAUGAUGAGGAACGAGCCAUUGAAGCAGAACGGCUCUACUGCCAUGCCUGGCAGCUUCUACUGCAGCCCCGCCCCUCCUUCGUGCAAGGCGGAGCAGAGUACGCAGUUCUUUGACCAACGUGCAUGGACGGCCUACCCGCCAACGAAUGCCCCCUCCAUGUCGGGCUUGCAGGAGGAGCGAGGAGCUGCAUGGGAUCGCUCUGCCUCCUGCCCCUCUUACUCGGACAACGAGCUGUAUGCGCAAUCGUUGAACUCAGCUACUUCCAAGUAUCUAACUGGCAGCUGCAGAUGGAGCAGUCUGGGGGAGUGCGACUCACUGAAUCGGCGAUUCGAUACCGUUGCCGUUGAGCAGCUGCAGUCGUACAUCUGA